AUGUCCGCCUUCAAAAGCAAGGUGGAGGUCUUACUCAAAGUCAUCAUGGCGGCGACUUGUGGACGAGAGUCGCGCCGCCUCACAUCGUCACUGAUCGUAUUGACGGUGUACCCGAUUAGCCGCAUCGGAGCUGCUGGCUUUUACAAUCCACCGUAUCUCGUCAUGGCUGGAUUGAUGGGGAAUAGUGAUUCAUAUUCACCUUCGGUUGGGAUGAUUUUUGUUUUCAACCUGAUCGUGGGAACGGGGGCUUUGACCCUACCAGCUGCUUUCUUGCGUUCCGGAUGGUUUCUGGGAAUCUGCUUGCUUGUAUUCCUGGCAUUCGUAAGGUCUGUUUUCAUUCAACUCUGUUCUUUAGUGCAAGUUUCACAUUUCAGUGAAAAUUUCAGUUACAUAACUGCAACCCUUGUCAUCGAGUCAAUGGCUGCUGUCAAUGCAAUCAUAAAAUGGGAAAGCAUCCAGAAGCGGAAAAAGUGUACCCGGCUUUUUAUGCAGAAAGGUGACGACGUAUCACAGGGAAGGGCAGAGAACAUGCAAUCGUCUGAAAUUGAGUGGGAACCGCUUCUCACCGAUCAAGAUCCAGGAAUCGAUCACGAAUCGGCGUACUCCACAGAGAAUCUUUUUGAGAUUCGUCAACAAGUCGAAAUGGGGAAAAUGGCUCGUUUAUUUUUCAACCGAGGUAAUUUUGCCUAUUUUUCGAGAUUCCGGUUUUUACUCUUUGCUGGUUCCUCUUUGCUAGUUGGACUCUUGCUGUUCUACCUCACGAUCGCUAUUUAUUUGUAUGGCGAUCUCGCAAUAUAUUGUGCCGCUGUCGCUAAAUCCCUUAGAGACAUAUCUUGGCAAGUAAUCUUAAUUUUUUUGGAUUUCAUAAUGAUUACUGUAAUUACCUACGUGCCAGCAAACCAAACGUGCAACGGCACCGCACCUGACACCGAAUUCUGUUGGGGACCAAACUUCGAUGUGACGCGGAAGGACGUAUAUCGAAUAUUCAUCGGAGUUUUCAUAAGUAUUGUGGGACCUUUCACAUUUUUCAACGUUCAGAAAACAAAGAUGCUUCAAGUCUUUACAUCGGUAUUACGCUGGCUUGCUUUUACGACGAUGAUUGUGUUAGCCGCCAUGGUUUUGAUCAAGAAUGGACCUACGAAGAUCGAACGAAAAUUUGCAGAUCCUAUGGGGCUUUCAAAUUUUAUCGGCAUCUGUGUUUAUUCAUUUAUGUGUCAUCACUCUUUACCUUCGAUGAUCACUCCAAUUUCUAACAAGAACCGCCUCGGUUCAUAUUUGGCGGUCGAUUACGUGUUGAUUCUGGGUUUCUACUCGCUUCUUGCUCUCAGUGGGAUUUUUGCAUUCGAUUCCGUGCCUGAUCUGUACACGUUGGAAUUCCAGCCGAACCGUUGUAAUCCUGAUCAAUCUGUCACCAACGUGGCGUUUUUUCAGUAUUUUCUUGCACUGUUCCCAGUUUUUACUUUGUCAACCAAUUUUCCAAUCAUUAGUAUUACGUUGAGGGAAAAUUUGAAAAGCCUUUGGGCGGGUGGCGGUCGAAGACGCGAAUAUACUUUCGUAAAUCGUGUUGUGUAUCCGCUGAUCGCGUUAGUGCCGCCGGUUUUGGUUGCACUUGUGGUGUCCGAUCUUGAGUUUUUAGUUGGAGUGACAGGUUCAUACGCCGGUGUGGGCAUUCAGUAUGUGAUCCCUUGCGCCCUUGUGUGGAGGGCACGUCAAUUGACGAAACCCGGGGGAAAGUUCUGCUUUCCUCCAUCACGAGACGACGACAGAUGGAGUGUAUUCCGGAGUUCUUUCUGGAUAAUUAUGGUGAUUAUAUGGGCUGCUACGUGUAUUAUAUUCGUGACUAUCAAUCACUUCAAAGUUGGGAUGUGAAACCGUUUUGUUUCGGAGAAGUACCCUCGUUGAUACGUCUAGUCCUUUUCUGGUAUUGUUUGACAGUCGGAGCUGAAGGCAUUAGUUCCUAUUCCUUUUCUUUGAGUGAGGCUCGGGGUUCUUCACGAAACUCCGUCUUAGCUUGGUAGGUACCUCAAGUCCCCUACGGCCCGGCGUAGCGAGGAUGGUCCAUAAGUUUCGAGACUAAAGCAAUUGAGAAUUUUGAGAUCAUUUACUGUAUGAUAUUAUCUACAGGACAGCAAGAAAUGGUUGUAAUAUUCUUGUGGAGGAUCUCGAUAUUUUCCAAUUCAUCCGUGGCUUGAUUACAUUUUUUGCCCAAAAGGUGUGAAUGUAUGUCCUUCAAAAAUAAUGUGCAUUGCACUGAAUUUCCCGCAUAAAAAAACCUCACCUCACCGAAAAAACAGUUUAAUUUUGUAAUUGCCCUGACGCGUUUCCUUGUGGAGGUACAAUAGUAGGUCAUUCACAUUUUUUUCCAGGAUU